AUGGCAAAUACUUAUGUUCCUCCUCAUGGUGGUGUGCUCAAGGACCUGAUUGCCCGCGAUGCUCCACGAAGACAAGAGCUGGCUGCUGAGGCCGAGAAGCUGCCCGCCGUCGUCCUCAAUGAUCGUCAGCUAUGUGAUAUGGAAUUGAUCCUCAACGGAGGCUUCUCACCCUUGGAGGGCUUUAUGACAGAGAAGGACUACAAUGGAGUGGUGGAGAACAACCGUCUGGCGGAUGGCAACCUCUUCUCCAUGCCAAUCUGCUUGGAUGUCAGCCAAGAGGAGAUCAAGGCAUCGGGAAUCAAGCCUGGCGCACGAAUCACCCUCAGAGACUCUCGUGAUGACAGAAAUUUGGGCAUUAUGACAGUGGGCGACGUAUACCAGCCAGACAAGAAGAAGGAGGCUAAGGAGGUCUUCGGUGGUGAUCCCAUCCACCCAGCAGUGAAAUACCUUUUCAACCAGACCGAGGACUACUACGUUGGAGGCAAGAUCGAGGCCAUUGAUCGCUUGAUGCACUACGACUAUGUAGCUCUCCGCUUCACCCCUGCUGAGCUCCGCGGACAUUUCGACAAGAUGGGUUGGUCGCGUGUGGUGGCUUUCCAGACCAGGAACCCCAUGCACCGAGCUCAUCGCGAGCUUACAGUCCGCGCUGCUCGUAGCAGACAAGCUAAUGUGCUUAUCCACCCUGUGGUGGGUAUGACCAAGCCGGGCGACAUCGACCACUUCACUCGGGUCCGAGUCUACCAGGCUCUGCUCCCUCGCUACCCGAACGGCAUGGCUGUGCUCGCUCUGCUCCCUCUGGCUAUGCGUAUGGCUGGACCUCGCGAAGCCAUCUGGCAUGCCAUUAUCCGCAAGAACCACGGUGCUACUCACUUCAUCGUCGGCCGUGACCACGCAGGACCCGGCAAGAACAGCAAGGGCGAGGAUAUGUACGGUCCUUACGAUGCACAAUACGCUGUGGAGAAGUACAAGGAUGAGCUUGGCAUUGAGGUUGUACCUUUCCAGCAAAUGACUUAUCUCCCCGACUCCGACGAAUACAAGCCCAAGGACGAGGUCGCGAAGGACAUCCGCACAGCCGACAUCUCCGGCACUGAGCUUCGUCGUCGUCUACGCACAGGCGGCGACAUCCCAGAAUGGUUCUCCUACCCCGAAGUCGUCCGCGUGCUGCGAGAGUCCCACCCACCACGCAACAAGCAAGGCUUCACCGUCUUCCUAACAGGCUACACAAACAGCGGCAAAGACGCCAUCGCCCGCGCCCUGAACGUAACCCUCAACCAACAAGGCGGCCGCGCCGUCUCCCUCCUCCUGGGCGAAACCGUCCGCAACGAACUGAGCUCCGAGCUCGGCUUCUCCCACGAAGACCGCAACAAAAACAUCGCCCGCAUUGGCUUCGUCGCCUCUGAACUCACCAAGUCCGGCGCCGCCGUCAUCGCCGCCCCGAUCGCACCCUUCAAGGAUUCUCGGAAAUCCGCCCGAGAAUUGGUGGAGAAAUACGGCUCCUUCUACCUCAUCCACGUCGCUACGCCAUUAGAGUACUGCGAGAAGACGGAUAAGCGUGGGAUUUACGCCAAGGCGCGUAAGGGCGAGAUUAAGGGCUUCACGGGCGUGGAUGAUCCUUAUGAGGCGCCGGAGGGGAAGGAGGCGGAUUUGGUGGUGGAUAUUAGUAGGAUUAAUGUUAGGACUGCUGUGCAUCAGAUUGUGCUGUUGUUGGAGAGUGAGGGGUUGCUUGAUCAGCUUUAG